GACAGGAAGUUGUUCACGAUGAAGCAAACCAUUAGGUUUCUGUGGUUGGUGAGCGUGUUGAUAGUUGUGGUUCAUGGAGCAAGUCUUCCGACGAUCGAUUGGACACGUGUGAAGCGAGUAGAGCAGCUAGAUCACUACUGGGCACGUUUACCUCCCGAGUUCCAGGUGUAUCGGAAUGUUUCCCGACCGGCAGCUCGCAUCACAAACGGACUCGAGGCUAGGCCCGGUCAAUUUCCCUACCAAGCGCUGGUAAUGAGCGAGUUCGGCAUGCUGACAGUGUUGUGUGGUGGAUCGGUGUUGACGCAAAACUUCAUCCUCACAGCGGCGCACUGUGUAAUGUUUGAUCAAGUUAAUAGAGCUACCGGUGGUAUGGCCAUCUUCGGUGCACACAAUCGAUUGCUGGUUGAAUCCACUCAACAAAGGAUACGGUUCUCUACCAGCGGCAUCAUCGUACAUCCGUCCUAUACCGUCAGCAACUAUCGGUUCGAUGUGGCAGUUGUUCGUCUCAACUCGGCUCUCCAGUUUACGCCUUUCGUUCAACCGGUACGACUACCGGGCCGGUUUGAUGCACGCCAGUUCGAGGGACAGAUUGGCACGAUUAGUGGGUUCGGACAGACGAGCGAUACCAGCUCGGCGUUUGCAACCAUUCUCCAGUACACGGUCAACACGAUCAUGAGCAACAGUGCGUGCAUCAGUCGGUGGGGAUCACUGCUGAUCGAAGCGCAAAAUGUGUGUCUUUCUGGUGAUGGGGGCCGAUCGGCGUGUACCGGUGACUCGGGAGGUCCAUUGACGGUGCAAGAGUCGGGCGUUACGCUGCAGAUCGGAGUAACGUCGUUCGGAUCGGGUGAUGGGUGUACGCGAGGUGUUCCUACGGUUUACGCGCGGAUCACCUUCUUCUUGGAUUGGAUCCGAGCCAACUCGGAUUACGUUGAUAGUUGA